AUGGCGGCCUCCUUGCCACUCGUGAGAUCAGCUAACUAGAACGUUCUAGCACUUUUCAUGUUUCUGUGUUUAAAAGGGAGGAAAGUAAUAUUUGACUCGGAGACUCGGGAGAAAUAGCGUGUUCAUUAACUCAGCAUAGGUUAAUAAGAAUUUUCAAAGCUGGUACCAUCAUGUCAGAAGACAGGCAGGGCAGGAGAUACCCCCAGAACCUCCAGGGGGUCCUACAACUGGCAGUGGAUGCUGGAUCAGCCGCAGAGGGUCCUGCUCCUGUAGAGCCCAUGUCAGAGGAGAGGAAAACAUGGCUGAGAGAGGCUCUUGCAGAUGUUUGCAAAGGACAGAUGGAUGAAGUGGAGCAGAUGAAGCAGUGUUUGGCCAUUCUACGUAAAGAGGAAGGCAGUGAACAGGAGAGAGAAGGCGAGGAAGAGAGGGAAGAAGAUGAUGAAGAUGAGCGGGAAUCGGCCUUUGAGAUGUUGUCAGAGUUGUGUGAGAACCUGGACAACGCUAGAGACCUGUUGACUCUUGGUGGACUGGAUUUGUGCAUCUCCCGGUAUCUGUGUCACAUCCAAAGUGGGCUGAGGUGGCGUGCAGCUGAGCUCAUCGCCUGCUGUGCCCAGAACAUGCCGCAGGUGCAGGUCCACAUGCUGAAUAUCAGGGUUCUGCCAAAGCUGCUGCAGCUGACAGAUUCAGACCCGCAUCCCACUGUCAGAGUAAAAGCCCUUUACGCCGUCUCAUGUCUGGUCCGAGAGCAGGAUGCAGGACUUCAGGCCUUCCUGUCCCAUGAUGGUUUCUCAGUGCUGAUGAGAGGCAUGCAGUCGGAGAACGAGAAGCUCAGGACCAAGUCAGCUUUCCUGUUGCUCAAUCUGCUGACAUCACACCCCGAACAGAAAGACACAGUUGUCUCUAUGGGUAUGGUCCAGCAGCUGGUAUCAGUUCUUCGUACUCCACAUUCACCUUUUCAUGAACAUGUACUCGGUGCCCUUUGCUGUCUGGUGGAAGACUUUCCUCAAGGGCUCAAAGACUGCAGGAAUCCUGGUCUGGGUUUGGAGGAGUUACUCCGACAGCGAGCCAACGAGCUUCAGGGAAAAGAUGAAAGUCAGGAAGAACUUGACUUCUGCGAGCGACUGAGGCUCAUGUGUUUCCAAAGGCAGCAGCCGUCAGAUGACAACGGGAUGGAUCGCUGAAAUAAUUUUAUUUUUUUGUUACCUCACAUGUUUUGGCUUCAGUGUGAAAAGAUGUAACCGAACAUUCAUGAGCUGGAUGAUCGUGGAUAUUGAGCAACGUUUUUGUCUGUUACAACAGUUGCUGUCCAUACUUUGCAUGCAAUCCAGAAUCUGGAUUUUACUAUGUAAAUAUCUAUACUGUAUAAAAUACUGUCAUUUCA